AUUGUGAGAGCAUGAAGUAAACAUUGGAGUUAACGCUGAGAUAAUUGUAUUUCCUGCUCUUUCAGAUUCCUCGGAGUGGAUAAAAUGAAUAACAUGUCCCCUGAGGUUGCACUGCACCGCAUCUCACCUGAACUGCGGCCCCUGCUCUGCAGUGUAGUGCGGAACGGCCGAGUGGGACUGGACUCUACCAACUGUCUCCGUGUAACAGACCUCAAAACUGGAUGUACAUCUCUGACCCCUGGUCCCUGUUGUGAUCGCUUCAAACUUCAUAUCCCGUAUGCUGGAGAAACUCUAAAAUGGGAUAUCAUAUUCAAUGCACAGUUCCCAGAAUUACCUCCAGAUUUCAUUUUUGGUGAAGAUGGCGAGUUUCUCCCCGAACCCUCAGAGCUACCGCACCUGGUCCAGUGGGAUGCAGGGAAUCCUGAAUGUUUGCUCCAGCUGGUGAAGGAGCUUCUCCAACAGUACCACAGCUACCAGUGCCAGCGUCUGCAUGAGAGCUCCAGGCUGCUCUUUGAGUAUGACAGUCUGCUGGAGGAUCCCAACUAUGGCCGCAACAUGGAGAUCUAUGCUGGACGCAAGAACAGCUGGACAGGAGAGUUUUCUGCCCGAUUCCUUCUUAAACUCCCGGUGGACUUCAGCAACAUCCCCGUCUAUCUCCUCAAGGACACAGCUCUGGACCCUGGAGAGGAUGUGGCCCUUUUGUCGGUGAGCUUUGAGGACGCUGAGGCCACUCAAGUUUUUCCUAAACUCUACCUUUCCCCCAGCAUUGAACAUGCUCUUGGAGGCUCAUCUGCACUUCAUAUCCCAGCAUUCCCUAGUGGUGGCUGCCUAAUUGACUACGUCCCUCAAGUGUGCCAGUUACUCACCAACAAGGUGCAGUAUGUUAUCCAAGGUUAUCACAAGAGGAGAGAAUAUAUCGCUGCCUUCCUCAGCCACUUUGGAAUGGGGGUGGUGGAGUACGAUGCAGAGGGUUUCACUAAGCUUACCCUUCUGCUCAUGUGGAAGGACUUUUGCUUCCUAGUGCACGUGGAUCUGCCGCUGUACUUCCCCAGGGACCAGCCCACACUCACUUUCCAGUCUGUGUACCACUUCACCAGCAGUGGCCAGCUAUACUCUCAAGUGCAGAAGUCUUAUCCCUAUAGCCCACGCUGGGACGGCAGAGAUGGCUAAGAGGGCAAAGGCGUACUUCAAGAGCUUCAUCCCUCAGUUCCAAGAGGGAGCCUUUGCCAACGGGAAGCUGUAGUGCUCUCCAGCUUAAUGACGUACCUGGAGAGUUGCCUGUGGGAGUGUGUGUCUGUUGUGAGUGUGAGUGUGUGUGUGUGUGUGCAUACUACUGUGUAACUGUAUGAGAGUGUGCAGAGUGAAAGAGUAGAGUGAGAGUGACAGUGUGCUUAUUUGCACACGGACUCUGAAUUCCAUGUUGUUUGGCCUUGAAGUUAUUACCUCUUCAGUCAGUCCCUUCACUUUUUUUUAUCGUACUUGUAGAGAGAAGCCACUUAGCUGGAGAAGUCUAGUCUUUCAGUCACCGUACUGGCUGCACCAAUUCCUGAAUAUCACCAUUGCUAUAGAGCACUAAAAAAAAGGGCCUUUAUUUUGAAAACUGACAGGAACUUAAUUUGACGUGUAGCCCACUGCCCACUAUCUCUGUUGGAUAGCGUUGUUUUAUUGUUUUCCUAUUGUGUGCCAACGAUGCUGGCUUCAAACAGUCGAAUGUCAAAGGGCACUAAGCUGUGAACAGACAUUUGUUUGCACUUGUAAACAUGUUUUAGAAAUUCAUUUGCCGCGUUUUCUUCCACGUUGAACUGUGCGUUCAUGUGUGAAAGCACAACUGGACAUUGCAAAUGACUACUUUCAUUUCGCAACGAUUUUCAUGUCUGAAAACUACGAAAAUAAAUACUUGUGAGAGUGUAACAUGUGCAAGAGAACCUGAACGUGGUUCCUGGCUGGCAGGCAAAGGUUUUUUGUUUUUUCCGGAGGAAGUGGUCACCAUUUUCUUUUCAGUCAUUCAUUCAUAUCCUCUAGAGCCAAUUCCAACUAGGGUAGACAAACAAUCAUUCACUCUCAUAGUCACACCUACCGUGUGUCCAUGUAACCUCUGCAUGCUUUUGGGGACCGCGGAGAACCCACACACACACACACACAUGCCAACUCCAUACAGACAGACCCUCAGUUGGACCAGGUCUGCUGUGUUCACACCAGUUCACAUACAAAUGCGAUUUGUGAUCGAUGCGACACGUCAAACGCUCCAACGCUCGAGCUGAAAAUGAAGGAAAGACUUAUAGUUCUUGUGUGUGGACACCCGGAGCGCUGUGACACAAGUUGCUCUUUGCAUUUGUGGAUCUCUUGUGGAAACGUCUGCAGAGAAGAAACCGCCGCUGUGUGUGGGUCCGCCAUCCGGAAACCAGACACAGCUUGGUGAGUUUCAGUGUUUACUUUGGGAGCUCCGUAUGGAUGAGAACCACUUCCAGCGAUACGUCGGAUUUCCCGAUUUCCCGCGACGCAGAGGGCAACAGUGCUAGCCGCUACCCCACUAUGUGGACCUUACUGUCCUCUGCUCACAUGUGUGCACAUGUGCCGUAAUGUCUUAAUGUGGCGUUGACGUCAGUCGGCGGAUGGCGGUUUGGGAAGGAUCCUGAUAUGUGAAGUGUGACGUAGAGCCACAGCACGGAGAGGCAGGGUAUGUGUGUACAUGGGUGUACUUGCCCAUGCAUGGAUGUGCACUAGCAUGUGCUUGAACAAGGCUGAGUGUGUGUGUGUGUGUGUGCUUGUUUUCAUCAUUAAAUAUUAGGGUCAUAGUUAGGGGUUCUUCUCGCCCUCAGGCGCAGCCCUUUGCUAUUUUUAUUGUUGGUAAUGCAGCAACUGUCAGGUCUAAUUGAGAACUAUAGAGUGAAUGUAUGUGGGGCGUUUAACAGCAUCAGGGCUCUUAAUAAAAUAAUUAAAAUAGCAA